AUGGAUUCCAUAAAAGAUGCUGUGAAGGCAGUCAGUCUUCAAGAAAUCUUGGUUAUUGUGAUCAUAGGAUGCGUCGUAUAUUGGACAUUAUUCUACCAAGAUCGUCUCCACAGUGGGAUUCCCACGGCUGGGGCGGACCCCAAGGCGUGGUUCAAAGUGGCCUCGGCGAGAAAGGCCUUUUUGGUCAAUGGCAAAGGGGUUAUCCAAAAAGCACUGAAGGAUUACACCGGUGUAUUCCAAGUCGUUACUGCGACGGGCACCAAGAUUGUGCUUCCCGGCCGUUUCGUCGAAGAGAUCAAGAACAACUCGCAACUGAGACUGCCCGACGUGAUUCACAAAGAAUUCUUUGCUUCGUAUUCCGCCUUCAAGCCGUAUGCGUCGUCUCAAACAGCAUGCAUUAUGACCGAAAUGGUCCGUACCAAGCUUUCGAACUCGCUGGGUAACAUGAUCAAUGACCUGGCUGAUGAGACAAAUUGCGCGCUGGAUGAAAUUUUUGGCAGUAGCGGAGAGUGGCAGACAAGGAACCUCAAGACAGAGAUAUUGCACUUAAUCGCUCGGCUCUCGUCACGAGUAUUCCUCGGUCAGGAGAUGGCACGGAACGAGAAGUGGUUGAACAUCUCCAAGUCCUAUACUGUCGAUUCCUUCAUCGCCAUCCGCAUGAUGCGAGAAUGGCCUGCGGCCCUUCGUCCUUUGAUCUAUCUGUUUUCUCCGGAAUGUGGCAGAGUGCGAGAGCAGGUACGCACAGCCGGUCGGCUUAUCUGGCCCUUGGUCGAAGCUCGUCGACGAAGCAAGCGCAAGGCUCUUGAAGCGGGGCUUCCACCGCCGAAAGCACGAGAUUCAAUUGCCUGGAUGGAUGAGCUAGCAGAUGGUGCUGAGUGUGAUGUCCCAUGUGGCCAGCUAAUUCUUAGCGUUGUCGCUCUACAUACCACGACCGAGCUACUUACCCAGGCUUUGUUUGACCUAUGCCGUCACCCGGCGAUUAUCCAACCGCUACGCGAGGAGGUGAUUUCGGUCGUUGGUGACAGGCCCUUAAACAAGGCCACAUUGUACAAUCUGCGACUGAUGGAUAGCUUCCUCAAAGAAUCCCAGCGACUUCACGUCGGCGAUAUCACAACCAUGCAACGCCUUGCUCUCUCAAAGGUGAUCCUAUCCGAUGGGAGCACUAUCCCCCGAGGUGCCAAAGUUGUUACAACUACGGAAACGAUGGUAGAUCCCACUAUCUACACUAGUCCCGAGACAUUCGACGCUUAUCGAUUCCUGAAGAUGCGUCAAGGCGCGGGGCAAGAAAAUCAAUGGCAGUUUGUCAGCACCUGCUCCGAACACCUGGGCUUCGGUCACGGGCAACAUGCUUGCCCCGGCCGCUUCUUCGCAGCCAACGAGACAAAGGUGGCUCUUUGCCAUCUUUUGUUAAAAUACGACUGGAAGUUUUCGGACAACGCUCAAAGAGAUGGGACUGAUGUGACCUUCGGAACUGAAUUCGAGUCUUCCCUCGAGGCCAAGGUUGUUCUCAGACGCAGAAAUGAGGAAAUAGCCUUAUCGGUGUGA